GCAAAAGAGUGGUAUCAAGCUUACGACGUCGUUGGGCCAAACCUUACCCUAUAACGCUAACUGAACGGGAACACACUACACAGAGUCGCAUGAACCCUAAAACCAAUCGAUCGAUCCGUGAAGACUGAAGACGACGCAAUCUCGCAAGGAGAGUGGUCGACAGGAAGUCAGAAAGCACCGAAGCAAGCUCUCAACGCACUGCUUUAGUUAUUUGAACGAUUUGCCAUUUGACGAUUUCUCGAUUUUUCGUUUUCACGACGCAUCAGGGCCGACGGACUCGUUCCAAUCGUCUUCUCCAUUUGCCCACUCAGACGACGUCAUCCCUAGGUUGCUCCGGCGACAUCUUCAAAGAUUCCAGUUCCUCCAUAAACGCGCUGCAGUAUGCCUCGCAGGCGAGACGAGUAUGAAGAUGAUGUGGAUGAGGAUCAGGAUGACCCGGUUGAUGACGAUGAUGAUGAGGAUUAUGGCACUAGCCGUGGAGGAGGCGGCAGUGAUCGUAAGAGGAGGAGAUCCGAUUUUAUUGAUGAUGUUGCUGAGGAAGAUGAAGAUGAAGAGGAGGAGUACGAUGAAGAUGAUGAAGAUUAUGGCGGCGGUGGUGGUGGCGGUGGUAGCCGUCGUCGAGGAGGAGGGAAAGCAUCAAAAAAAGCAUCUGGUGCUGGUUUCUUUGAGCUUGAAGCCGAUGUUGACACAGAUGCUGAAGAAGAGGAGGAAGAAGAUGGUGAAGAUGACUUCAUAGUGAAUGAGAGAGUUGAUCCGCAUGAAGAAGAGGGUGCGAGAAGGAUGCAUCAUCGUCCUUUGCUUUCACGUGAAGAUGAUCAGGAAGAUGUUGAAGCUCUUGAGAGAAUAAUUCAGGAGAGGUUUGCUAGAAACCGAACAGAAUAUGAUGAUGAUGAUGCAACAGAGGUGGAACAACAAGCUCUCUUACCAUCUGUUCGUGAUCCCAAAUUAUGGAUGGUCAAAUGUGCGAUUGGUCACGAGAGAGAGGUGGCUGUUUGCUUAAUGCAAAAGUGCAUUGAUAGAGGUUCCGAGUUGCAGAUUAGAUCAGCUAUUGCUCUUGAUCAUUUGAAGAACUAUGUCUACAUUGAAGCAGAUAAAGAAGCCCAUGUGAAAGAGGCUUGCAAGGGUAUGCGUAAUAUAUUUACUGGAAGUAAGAUUUUACUGGUUCCUAUAAAGGAAAUGACUGAUGUUCUUUCGGUUGAGAGCAAAGCAAUUGAUCUUUCAAGGGAUACUUGGGUCAGAAUGAAAAUUGGUACAUACAAAGGGGACCUUGCAAAGGUUGUGGAUGUGGAUAAUGUUAGGCAGAGGGUUACUGUGAAACUAAUCCCAAGGAUCGACUUACAGGCCUUGGCAAACAAAUUGGAGGGUAGGGAGGUUCCAAAGAAGAAGACAUUUACCCCUCCACCACGCUUUAUGAAUGUUGAUGAAGCAAGAGAAAUGCAUAUUCGUGUUGAGCGGAGGAGAGAUCCAAUGACUGGUGAUUACUUUGAGAAUAUAAAUGGCAUGAUGUUUAAGGAUGGCUUCUUAUAUAAAACUGUAUCCAUGAAGUCAAUAAGCACUCAGAAUAUACAACCAAGUUUCGAUGAACUUGAAAAGUUCAGGCAACCAAAUGAAAAUGGGGAUGGAGAUAUUGCUAGUUUAUCAUCACUCUUUGCAAACAGAAAGAAAGGACAUUUUAUGAAGGGCGAUAGAGUCAUUGUUAUCAAAGGGGACCUCAAAAAUCUCAAGGGCUCUGUAGAGAAAGUAGAAGAAGGCACUGUUCAUAUUAAACCACAUGCCACUGGACUUCCCAAAACUCUUGCUGUAAGUGAAAGAGAGCUCUGCAAAUACUUUGAGACAGGGAAUCAUGUGAAAGUUGUCUCUGGUGCACAAGAAGGUGUGACUGGAAUGGUUUUAACUGCUAAGGGGCAUUUGGUUAACAUGGUGUCAGAUACUACCAAAGAAGUUCUACAAGUAUUUUCUGACAAUGUUGUGGAGAGCUCUGAAGUAACAUCUGGCAUCACCAAAAUUGGGGAUUAUGAGCUUCAUGAUCUUGUCCAGCUGGACAAUUCCAAUUUUGGUGUGAUCAUACGUGUUGACAGUGAAGCCUUUCAGGUUCUCAAGGGUGUUGCAGAUAGAGCGGAGGUUGAACUUGUUAGGUUGAGAGAUAUUAAAUACAAGAUUGAUAAGAAAUUAAAUGCUCCAGAUUAUUAUAAGAACACAGUAUCAGUGAAAGAUGUAGUUAAAGUUCUUCAGGGCCCAUGCAAGGGGCGACAAGGUCCGGUUGAACAUAUUUACAGAGGAAUUCUGUUUAUAUACGAUCGGCAUCAUCUGGAGCAUGCAGGAUUUAUCUGUGCGAAAUCUCAAGCAUGCGUAUUGGUUGGUGGGUCCCUUGGAAAUGGUGAUAGAAAUGGCAAUCCAUUGGCAUCAAGAGUUGCACAACUUAGGACUCCCAACCGUAUUCCUAAUUCCUCGGGUAGACCUACCAGAGGAGCCCCACCACUACCUGGUGGGAGGAACAGAGGUGGUGGCAGAGGGGGAGAUUCUUACAUUGGAGCACGCAUCAUAAUCCGCCAAGGUCCCUUUAAAGGAUACAGAGGCCGGGUUAAGGAUGUUAGUGGCACAUCAGUUCGGGUCGAGUUGGAGUCACAAAUGAGGGUUGUUACAGUUGAUCGGACUCACGUCUCUGAUAAUGUGAACAAGACGGCCCCAUAUCGUGAGACACAUAGGUAUGGGUCUGGAAGUGAGACACCUAUGCACCCUUCACGAACCCCACUCCAUCCAUAUAUGACGCCUAUGAGGGAUUCUGCAGCAACACCUAUUCAUGAUGGAAUGAGGACACCUAUGCGUGACAGAGCAUGGAAUCCAUACGCACCCAUGAGUCCUGCCAGGGAAUCUUGGGAAGAUGGAAACCCUGGUUCUUGGGGAAGCAGUCCUCAGUAUCAACCGGGAAGUCCUCGUUCAAGAGCAUAUGAAGCACCAACUCCUGGUUCAGGAUGGGCCAAUACUCCUUCUGGUGGAAGUUACAGUGAAGCUGGCACACCAAGGGAUAAUAGGGAUAGGGAUACUACCCCUGCCUCCUAUGGUAAUGCUCCAAGCCCUUACUUGCCAUCGACACCUGGUGGACAGCCGCCAAUGACACCAAGCUCAACAUAUUUACCUGGUACACCAGGCGGCCAACCAAUGACUCCUGGUGGUGGUGGGUUGGAUAUGAUGUCACCUGUAGUAGGUGGGGAUAACGAUGGACCAUGGUUCCUGCCAGACAUAUUGGUGAAUGUACGCAGAUCAGGUGAAGAUGCUGUCGUUGGUGUCAUCCGAGAAGUGCUUCUGGAUGGGGCAUGUCGAGUAGCUGUUGGUGGGGAUGUGAUCACAGCCAGCCCGAACGAGAUGGAGGUGGUAGUGCCAAGGAAGUCUGACAAAAUAAAGAUCAUGGGUGGGCCCCAGCGUGGGGCUACAGGGAAGCUCAUUGGUGUGGAUGGCACAGAUGGAAUUGUUAAAGUGGAUGACACUCUUGAUGUUAAAAUAUUAGAUAUGGUCAUUCUAGCCAAGUUAGCACCACCACAUUAAUUCCUCCUCCUACUCCUAUUCCUCAUCAUAAGUUUUGAAACCUCCCUCCCUCCCUCCCUCCCUCCAGGCUUGUACAUUAUGAUUAUAUAUUUUGGAUGAUUAUAUAUGACUGACUUGACUAUCAGUAUUCAGUAGUAAGUAGCUAGUAAGCCCCCAAAAUACGCACGUUUCAUUUUGUUUUGUUGGUUAGACGAGUUCAUUUCCAUGUGUUCAGUCAUGUUGUGCUGAAAACACACAACAUGACAAGUUCUGGUGUGUUAUGAACGAGAUUAAGAACCAAAAAUAAAUGUUUAUUAUCUUUGUGUAAAA